AAGAAGUGUGUUGAAAAGUAAUAUGCUGGUCUGCGUCCUUCAUUGAGUUUAUUUCUUUUACCAGACACAGCAGACUAUAAUGAUUGUUCUCCCUUCAAAGUGUGCCCUUCGGAGGGUGAUUUAUGCUGUUUGGCACGCAGGGUUGGAUUGGCUGGUUCGUGCCGAUUACACUGUAAACAGUAGGUGGUGACUGUGGUGCUCUAUUUGCCAGUAUCUCGAAGGAGAAGAAGAAAAAGAAGAGCCUUUUGUUGUGGUCUUGUCAACUGAAACGCGAUGGAUGAAGAAAACUUGCCUAUCGAUGUGGUGAAGGUGAAAGUGAAAGAGGAAAGUGAAGAACUGAAUGAAGAGGAGGAGGAGGAACAUCAGCAUCAGGAACCUCAUGAUUUCAUCAAUGGAGAAAACUGUUUUAGUUGCUCACAAAAAACAGGACCUAAAAUGCUUUUCAUCUGCUCUGAGUGUGGAAAGAGUCUGACACAAAAAGCACACCUUCAGGAUCACAUGAGAAUUCACACGGGAGAGAGACCUUUCAAAUGUCCUCAGUGUGGAAAGAGUUUCAGACAAAAAUCAAACUUCAGGGAUCACAUGAAAAUUCACACUGGAGAGAAACCUUACACAUGCCCUCAGUGUGGAAAGGGAUUCGUCCAAAAAGGACAGCUUAUUAAUCACAUGAGGAUUCACACUGGAGAGAAGCCUUUCACCUGCACUCAGUGUGGAAAGGGUUUCACGCAAAAAGGACAGCUCAAGAAUCACUCAAGAAUUCAUUCUGGAGAGAGGCCUUACAUUUGCCCACAGUGUGGAAAGAGUUUCACAUGCAAAGGAAGCCUGAAGGAUCACUUAAGAAUUCACACCGGAGAGAAGGCUUUCACAUGCCCGCAGUGUGGAAAGAGCUUCACACGGAAUGAUAUCCUCAAGAAUCACUUGAGAAUUCAUUCUGGAGAGAAGCCUUUCACGUGCCUUCAGUGUGACAAGAGUUUCUCGAAAGCAACGAACCUUAGAGUUCAUUUGAAGUGUCACUCUGAAGUAAGACCAUUUAACUGCGAUCAGUGUGCAAAACAAUUUAUUUCAGCAUUUCAACUGAGAAGACACGUGAAAAUUCAUGUCAAUAAGAAACCUCACUCGUGCUCUUUUUGUGGUAAGAGUUUUUCCCUGAUUGAGUAUUUGAAAAAGCACCAGAAAAUGCAUAAUGGUGUGAAAGCUCACGUGUGCUCUGAGUGUGGAAAAACCUUUUCCACCACCAGCUUUUUGAAAGAGCACCAAAGAAUCCAUACUGGCGAAAAACCUUUCAAUUGUACACAUUGCGGAAGCAGUUUUACUCAUUCAAGUUCCUUGAAAAGACAUGAGAGAAUGCAUACUGGAGAGAAGCCGUACCACUGCCCUCGAUGUGGAAAGAGUUUCAUUGCAUCAGAUUCUCUACAGAAACAUAGAAAAAAAUUUUGCCAAACAUUGUCACAGUGAGCAAACUUUAUCAUCCAAAGCAUUUAAAAUUCAAUGCAUAGAAGUAAAUGGCAGGGCUCCAAACUGUGAUUAAGUGAUCAAGUUUUGAUUGUGUUUCCUGGUGGAUUUGCUCAACUGGUUUUGAUCGUGUUCUGCCAUUGUCUGUUGCAAAUGGAAAGUCAUACACGACAAAAUUGGGAACCACACAUCACGGACACACUGUUUGCCUGGCAUGAUCAACUUGAUAGUGGGUUUAUUUAUUUUUGUGACUCACUGGAUAGCGUGGCGCAGACCCUUUUCGACCAUGCAGCGAUGACAACAUGAACAGCACUGCAGAAAGUGAAGUACUAUUUAUAUUCUGUCCAGACGUUUCUAUUACAGAGCCCUGUGGAAGUCAAACAUCCCCAAUGGCUCAAUGCUUCAGCUAGCUGAAACCAUAUUAAACAGCCCCAUUCUAAGAAGUAUUGAUGAGGAAAGCAUGACAUAAUGUACCAUACACCUAAAAAACUUUACUGCAGUAACUGUAUUAACUGGGGUAUUUUGGCUGAUUCUGUUCUAAGAUCCUGCCCUAAUGAUCUAAUGAUUACAUUAAAGGAAAAAGUAACUUCUUUUUUUUACCAACAGAAUUCACAACAAGAGCACAUGAAUUUUAAUGAAUCCGGAUUAUUCUAAACAAAGGUGUGCAUGUACUAACUUAGUAAUUUGCAUAAAGCAUGCCCCAAACCAUGUCCAUAUAAGGGCUUUCAGCACCGCCGCACCUGUACAGUUGUAAAUAUGUAGAGAAAGACACCAUUGAGGCAGAAGGCUAAAAUAUAUACAUAUAUAUUAUAUGUAUGUAAACUCAAUAAAACAUCAUUUCUUACCUGUUUUUUUGCAAGUUUAUGACCUUUAAUUUUUCAUUUAAAUUUUUCAGAUUGAACAUUUUAAAUACUGUAUAUCUCAAUUUAUUAAUAGUAAUGUCAUUUAUUUUUCUAACCAAGGGCAUUGAUAUUUAUGUGAUUAUACAUUAUGUAUUAUGUAAGAAAUAAUGUACAGAGGAGGACUCUUGUAUCUCUCUGAAGGGGUUUAUUUUUCUAUUACAACCAGCUGACUGCCCCAAUUGGGGGAAGUUUAAUCGAAACUAGAAUACUAGAAACAAAACAGUCCUCAAGAAUCACUUAGCCUUACCCUAACCCUAACAUAAAACCCUUACUUUUUUUUUUUUUCCAGUUAUUGUACUGAAACAUGGCAACAUUGUCCAUUGUUUGUCCCGGAUUAUGUAAGUAAUCCAAAUUAGAUUUUUUGCUGUCAGAAAAUUGUAACUAUGCUCAACCAUGAAAACAGCCACAUGUGACUUAUUGACACUGGCAGGGUGAUUCUGCAUUUUCACCUCACAAUAAUGAUGACAUCAUUUUUUUGAUUCUUUGAUUUAUGAACAUUGGUGCACUUAAUUUACUGACAUUAAAUCAUUGUUUGUCUUAUAACUGGAUAGUCAUUAGGUUAAUGAACAUACAUGCAGUUAAAAUGCAAGUAGUCUUGCUGGUAUUUAUCUAACGCUACAUGUUAGGUCACUCAAAAUAUUGGAAUGUUAUUACAUAGAUGUUAUAUGGACAGAUAUCCUUGUGCAUCUAUUAUGCUGUGCACGUGAUGAGCGGCCCUUCUCCCAAUAUCUGUAAAUGAGUAAGACAUGUUGAUAAAUGAUUGCGCGGUGCCACUAUUUACAAUUCUAAAAAUUAUAGUCUGUAAUAAAGCCUAACAUCUUACUCUUAGUUUAAAACUCAUUAAUAUAAAAUGACUCAUUUUAAUCAAUAUAUCGAAUUAUUCUGUGAAUUUUUGGUACUUAUACUGUAGGGAUUCUUAGGAAAUCUUCCGGACCUGGAGUUGUGUCUGAUGUAGUUUAAAUGAGUUAGAUAGUCCCCUGCUUUCCUGGUAGUAUGGUUAUGGUUAGGGAUAGGUUUGAACCAAUCAGGUAGUGGGGAGUAAGAAUCUGGCGGGAAGUCAGAUUUCGCCAUAAACUGAAGUGCUUUACUUGCGGAUUAAUCACCUUUUUUCAAACAUAUCCUAUAUGACAUUAAUCAGCUAUAUGAACUAUAUUACCACUUAAAUCUGCACAGACAAUGAAGCACAUGCACAGCUGAACUUAAACUAAGUUGUGUGCUAGAUGUGUAACUUGCUUUGUGAAUAGGCUGGUGCUGUAACAAUGUAGCGCAAAAUCCUCCCGACACUAAAUGGAAAAUGUAUACUGUUCUAGUAUGAAGAAUCGACAACACAGUAACUAAGCAUAUAAUACUUCCCUAUACUUAUUAUAUGCUAUUGUUUCAUGAAUUUAUUUGGGGUUUACGCAAGGUCUUAUAUUUUGAUACGUUAAGUUGAUACGUUUACGUGUACAUUACCGUCAGUGGGGCGUUUGUCACAGUGACCCUAGCAGCUACUAUCAUCUUUCUCUGCAUUAAUGUGAGUAUAGAGUUGCCAAAUGCAGAUGCAGUGACACGAUCAGAGACAUUCAGUGCAUUCAGAAAGUAUUCAGACCCCUUAAUUUUUUUCACAUUUUAUUAUGUUGCAGCCUCAUGCUAAAAUGCUUUAAAUUAUUAUUUUCACAUCAAUCUACACUCCAUAACCCAUAAUGACAUAGCAAACAAAUAAAAAAAAAAAAAAGAUUUUUGAAAUAUCACAUUGACAUAAGUAUUCAGAUCCUUUGCAGUGACACAUGAAAUUUAGCUCAGGUACAUCCAAUUUCUCUGGAUCAUCUUUGAGAUGUUUCUACACUUUGAUUGGAGUCCACCUGUGGCAAAUUCAAUUGAUUGGACAUGAUUUUGAAAGACACACACCUGUCUAUAUAAGGUCUCACAGCUGAAAAUUCAUAUCAGAGCAAAAACCAAGCCAUGAGGGCAAAGGAACUGCCUGCAGAGCUCAGAGACAGGAUUGUGUCGAGGAUCCGGGGAAGGCUACAAAAGUGGCCUCCAUAAUUCUUAACUGGAAGAAGUUUGGAACAACCUGGUCUCUUCCUAGAGCUGGCCGCCCGGCCAAACUGAGUAAUUGGGGUAGAAGGGCCUUGGAAAGAGAGGUGACCAAGAACCCAAUGGUCACUCUGGCUGAGCUCCAGAGAUCAUGUGUGGAGAUGCAAAAAUCACACACAAAAAGACUUGAUGCUGUAAUCACUGCCAAAGGUGCUUCAACUAAGUACUGAGUUGAGGGUCUGAAUACUUAUGUCAAUAUGAUAUUUCAAAAAUCUGGUUUGUCAAUUUUGGGAUAUGGUGUGUAGAUUGAUGUGAAAAAAAAAGAAAAGAAUUUAAAGCAUUUUAGCAAAAGGCAGCAACAUAAAAUGUGACAAAAAUGAAGGGGUCUGAAUGCACUGUAUAUUACAGUUUUUCUCAAUCGCUUUGGCUCAAUUCUCGAAUGAGAAUUAUUUUUUUCAAAACAAUGUUCAAAACUCCGAACAAUUAUUUUCUUGUUCGCAAGCAAAUUGCAUGUUAUGGAACGUGUGCAAAAGAGUAAGCACAAUAUCUAAAUGCACAUGGCUCGCUGAUCAAAACUGAUGAGUUGAUUCUCAGUGAAACUGUUAUACUCUUCACAACUUCUAGCCUUCUUUCAUCGUGUGAGCCAUCACAUGCAAAAUAAUCCAUUCAAUUCUCAAAAUCUGUCAGACUUACAGUACAUGUAUAUUCCAUAAAUAUCUAUGACAUCUCUGGCCAGACCAACAAGAGCGACAGGAUGUCCACCAAGAAGAUGGGAACUUGUAGUGUUACGUACUGUGAGGCGGUACAAUUGAUUGUUUUUUUUACAGAACUACCGCAGGUUUUUCAUUGUUGCGGGGGUUUUGUUUUUGUUUUUUGCAUGGAUGUCAUUUUGUGGGAAUUUUCUGGUCACUAUAUAUGACUUUACAUGUAAGAAAUGUUUAAAAAUGGACAUGCAAAUGUGAAUUCUCAGUUUACAUGUAACACAUUGCUACAAAAAUAAAUGUACUGUAUAC